UUAGUCACGCUUGUAUAAUGUUUUUAAGAAAUUAAUUAAAAGAAAAAAAGAAAGAAAAAGAGAGAAAAACAAGCAACUUAAGGCUGAGUGCCACCAUUACGUAUUGAGGAAAAAUACGAAAUUUCUGUGAAAAGUUUCUAGUGCCAUCUUGUGCCAAAUUUUGAAUGACGAACUUGUUGACGUAAACUUAUUCGUUCAUACCGUUGAUUGGACAAUUUCCCGUUUAUUGACGGGAAAUUGCCCAAUCAACGAAAUCGAAAGUAAUUUUAAGUUUCAUAGGUCGUUCAUUAAUUAGGGUGUCGCUUAUAUGAUGUAGAUUUAUUUACAUUUUAAAGUUACGGAUUUGACAUGCUUACAUUUUUAUUUAAGAGAUAUUUUAAGAAUGUUUUUUAGUUUCGGUUUUUUAUUUAUCUUUGCUUGUGUUUCAUCUUGUUUUACCUUGGAAAUAGUUAAAAAAUAUCCCGCGAGUUGUGCGACACGUGACUGUACUGUCUGGGCAGAAAAUCAAACAUAUAGUUGUUCUAUUUAUAAUAAUACAGAAUGUAAAGUAUUUGACUUUUCAAACUGGACAUCUGUUGAACCAACUAUUCUCACAACAGAAAACGAUGCUCCUUUUGUAGUCGAUGUUAUUUCAUAUAUAUUGGAUGAUGAAAAUAUAUCUAUCUCAAAAUCACCCAGUUUUAACAUAAUGGUUACAAGUUAUUCAUCAGAUAUUACCGGAUUUUGGUGGACUCUAUCAGAAAUGUGUGGAACCUUCAACAGCUGUCGCAUUUUUGAUUUUCGGAAUUCUUCUUUGCCAAUAAAAACACCAUUUUCUUUUUCAUAUAAAUGCUACAAAAUGUUGGAUUUAGGUGGUUGUCAUCAUUAUUCUUUAAAAGUGAAGUCCCUACCAAGUAAUAAAGAAUUUAUGUAUCAGAUAAAUGUUCCUAAAAUAAACCAGCUAAAAAAUGAUAAUGAUUACUUGCAGAAUACAGUAAAUCCUUGCAAAAUAAAUACUACUACUAUAAUGAUAAAUUUAGGAAGUCUCAAUGAAAAUGUUGUCAGGAUUAAAAUUCAAAAAGCAGCAGAAGUUUGGAACGUGUCUCAGUAUGAAGUGUGUUUAAUAUCUAAAUCCGAAAAUCAGGACAAUGUUAUCAAAAAUGAAAUAUUAAUAGCAGAGAAUUCAAAAAGCAGAAGCAAUAAAAUGAUUUUUAAAGAAUUCCCAAAUGUGAAUAAAGGAAGUUAUUAUGUAACAGUAAUGCCAAUUUUGCCAAAUAAAUUUCAGAAAUGUAAUAAAAGUUCUUCCCAAAUAUUUCACAUACAUAAAUCCAUAAGUAAGUAAAUGCAAUUAAUAUAU